ACAAGUCCCAGCAUGCCCCACGCGCGCCGUCAGGGGCCGACCCGCCGCGCUCCAGCGUUCUCCGCGUACAGGUGGUCUCUUGGGUUCCGGCAAGGCGGUGGCUCCGGAACUCCCGUGGAGGGGCCGGUGGGCCCUCGGGCCUGACGAUGGCAGUGGCCACUGCGGCGGCAGUACUGGCCGCUCUGGGCGGGGCGCUGUGGCUGGCGGCCCGCCGGUUCGUGGGGCCCAGGGUCCAGCGGCUGCGCAGAGGCGGGGACCCCGGCCUCAUGCACGGGAAGACUGUGCUGAUCACCGGGGCGAACAGCGGCCUGGGCCGCGCCACGGCCGCCGAGCUACUGCGCCUGGGAGCGCGGGUGAUCAUGGGCUGCCGGGACCGCGCGCGCGCCGAGGAGGCGGCGGGUCAGCUCCGCCGCGAGCUCCGCCAGGCCGCGGAGUGCGGCCCAGAGCCCGGCGUCAGCGGGGUGGGCGAGCUCAUAGUCCGGGAGCUGGACCUCGCCUCGCUGCGCUCGGUGCGCGCCUUCUGCCAGGAAAUGCUCCAGGAAGAGCCUAGGCUGGAUGUCUUGAUCAAUAACGCAGGGAUCUUCCAGUGCCCUUACAUGAAGACUGAAGAUGGGUUUGAGAUGCAGUUCGGAGUGAACCAUCUGGGGCACUUUCUACUCACCAAUCUUCUCCUUGGACUCCUCAAAAGUUCAGCUCCCAGCAGGAUUGUGGUAGUUUCUUCCAAACUUUAUAAAUACGGAGACAUCAACUUUGAUGACUUGAACAGUGAACAAAGCUAUAAUAAAAGCUUUUGUUAUAGCCGGAGCAAACUGGCUAACAUUCUUUUUACCAGGGAACUAGCCCGCCGCUUAGAAGGCACAAAUGUCACCGUCAAUGUGUUGCAUCCUGGUAUUGUACGGACAAAUCUGGGGAGGCACAUACACAUUCCACUGUUGGUCAAACCACUCUUCAAUUUGGUGUCAUGGGCUUUUUUCAAAACUCCAGUAGAAGGUGCCCAGACUUCCAUUUAUUUGGCCUCUUCACCUGAGGUAGAAGGAGUGUCAGGAAGAUACUUUGGGGAUUGUAAAGAGGAAGAACUGUUGCCCAAAGCUAUGGAUGAAUCUGUUGCAAGAAAACUCUGGGAUAUCAGUGAAGUGAUGGUUGGCCUGCUAAAAUAGGAACAAGGAGUAAAAGAGCUGUUUAUAAAACUGCAUAUCAGUUAUAUCUGUGAUCAGGAAUGGUGUGGAUUGAGAACUUGUUACUUGAAGAAAAAGAAUUUUGAUAUUGGAAUAGCACUGCUAAGAGGUACAUGUGGGUAUUUUGGAGUUACUGAAAAAUUAUUUUUGGGAUAAGAGAAUUUCAGCAAAGAUGUUUUAAAUAUAUAUAGUAAGUAUAAUGAAUAAUAAGUGCAAUGAAAAAUACAAUUAUAUUGUAAAAUUAUAACUGGGCAAGCGUGGAUGACAUAUUAAUAUUUGUCAGAAUUAAGUGACUCAAAGUGCUAUCGAGAGGUUUUUCAAGUAUCUUUGAGUUUCAUGGCCAAAGUGUUAACUAUUUUUACUACAAUGUUUGGUGUUUGUGUGGAAAUUAUCUGCCUGGUGUGUGCACACAAGUCUUACUUGGAAUAAAUUUACUGGUACAAAUUC